CACAUACACGUCUCACAUUUUAAUUUAAAAGAUAGAAGUUUAUUGCAUUCAAUUAUUUACUUCAAUUUGCUGUUUUUGAAUCGCGUUUUUCUGUGUUUGUUUUAUUCUUUUUUGGUAGGCGGGCACGUAAAUUGUACGCUUUUUUAAUUUUUUUUAAGUUAUGCUCGUCUCCCAGGUAUCACUGGAUUUUGUUUUUUUGCUUACUCUUUGUAUUGUUUAUGUCAGAGAACCAAAAUAAUCCAAUAUAAUAAAUGUCUCUUAAGUUUGAAUCUGAAUUCGGACGUCAUUAUCGGGCUUUUAAUACUGUCAGGCGCAAUAGGAAAGGUCUAUCGUAUGAAAAUCCUAUGUAUAGACAUUGUUUCCAUAAUUUCCAUGUACAUUGUUCCAUGUAAUUUCAAAAUUUGGCUUAUUUGGUUAUUAUAACCAACUUUAUUCUAACAAAACUUCAUACACCGCCAGUGAUUACAGACAGAGGUAAACCAAAUCCGUAUAGGUAAACAAACCUCACGGCGGGAAAUUUCUGCAGAACAUCUAUCGGCCGUAGGUUACCGUACUUGAUGUAAUUGUUCUGUUAUUAUUGCAAUGUUAAUGAAUUUAUGGAAUUGAGCAGUGAAUAUAUCAUCGAUCGGAUUCUUACUAUCUGUGAAUCCGGUCAAGAUAUUGUUGCUGAAAUAGAAGGAAAUACAGAGGAAUCAGACGAGUUAUAUUCAUCGGCCAAGACAAGAAUUUUUGCAACACUGUCAAAGUUAGAAGAUGGUUUUUCAGAGUUGAGGAAGAUAUUUGAUGGAACAUGUUCAAAAUCUAUUUGUGAUAACGAAAAAGACAAUCCAAACGAUGCCUGCAUUAUUGUUGACACAAGUUCUGAAUCGUAUGAACUGAGUAAUAAAUCUGCUGAACCUGGAAUUAGUGAUGUUACCAGCACAUCAGAUGAAACACUGGUUUCUGAUAAAAAAUGGAUAUUCAAAAACAAUGGAAAUACGUCGUCAUUGUCCAAUUCAUCAGAAAGCAAUAAGACAAUUUCUUCCGAAGCAGCUGGAAAGGACAAUAUAUCAAAUUCUGAAGUUUCAUCUGGAAAGCCGAAAAAAUUUUUUGUCAUUGAAGAUGACAUUGAUUUUCUGAUUGAAGAAGAAGAACAAGCUGAAUAUGAAAAGCAAUUCAACAAUUGUGCUAUUUUCCCUAAUGAUUCUUCCAUAAUAGAACCGAAAAGCAAUACCAAUGUUUCAAAGAUUACAAGUCAUGAAGAUGAGGAUUUGUUUGAAGAUGAUGACUUGGAUCUAGCUGAAAUUGAGAAAAUAGAGAGUUUAGUGUCAUCUGGUGAAGCAGCCAAUAAUAUUGAAAACAAGAAGUAUGAUAUUCCUCUGAGUGAAAAAGGUUAUGAUUAUCAAAAUAAGAACUUCCAUGAUCAAGGCUCAAAAAUAGUAACUGAUUAUUCAAAUGAUGAUGUGGAAUUUAUUGAUGAUUAUCCUUUUGGUGAAGAACAAGAUAUAACAAUCCAAGAAGAUGAGGAUGGAUCUAAAAGUAAAGAUAAUUCUCUCAAUGAAGAAGAAUUACUCGACCCUAAUUAUAUUCCUCCUGACAAACAAUAUACUGAUGUUCUGAAAGAGUAUUUUGGCCAUUCAAAGUUUAGGCCGAUGCAAUGGAAAAUUAUAAAUGCAGCAUUGAAUGAGGGCAGAGAUCAAUGUGUUGUUAUGGCAACAGGCUAUGGCAAAAGUUUGUGUUAUCAAUUUCCACCGGUAUACUUGAGUAGUACAGCAGUAUGUAUAUCACCUCUGAUAUCGCUGAUGGAAGAUCAAGUUUUAAAAUUGGAAACUAAUAAUAUUCCUGCUUGUUUUCUUGGUUCUGCACAAGAGAAUACUGCAGAAGUUUAUAGUGCAAUGAUGAGAGGAAAAUACAGAGUUGUUUACAUAACUCCUGAGUAUGCUGCUGUUGCAUCAUCUAAUUUGAGGGAAUUGAGCGAGAGAGUCGGCAUUUCACUCAUCGCAAUUGAUGAAGCUCACUGUGUAUCACAAUGGGGUCAUGAUUUCAGAGAUUCUUACAGAAAACUCGGGCAAUUGAAGCAAUUACUUCCAAAUGUUCCUAUAUUGGCUGUUACUGCAACUGCUACUCCGGAGGUUCGGAAAGAUAUUUGUGCAUCUUUGAAACUUAAGAAUCCAGUAAUCACUUUGACAAGUUUUGAUCGGGUCAAUCUCUAUCUUGAUGUUUACAACAAAACGAGUGACCCAGCUUCUGAUCUACGUUCUCUUAUGAUACAAAAAUCAGUCAGAGGUGCCAUCAGAUAUGAAUUUGAUGGCCCAACAAUCAUAUAUUGCCCUACCAAAAAAGAAACUGCCAGAAUUGGCUCUGUGGUUAAAUCACUUGGGGUGAGGUCAGCAAUCUACCAUGCAGGUAUGUCAAUGGACAGAAGAAAACAAGCUCAUCAUAGGUUCAUGAGGGAUGAGUUACAGUGUAUUAUUGCUACUGUUGCAUUCGGUAUGGGAAUAGAUAAACCAGAUGUAAGAAGAAUUAUACAUUAUGGAGCUCCUAAGGAUAUCGAAAGUUAUUAUCAGGAGAUAGGUCGAGCAGGAAGAGAUGGAUUACCAUCAAGUUGUCAUACAUUUUUUACAUCUGGUGAUUUUAACACAAACAGAUUUUUUCUGCGGGAUAUAUCAAAUCCCAAAUUUCGGGAUCACAAGGCAGCAAUGAUUUUAAAAAUGGAGAAUUAUCUGGCAACAGUUGGAUGUCGACGAAAAUCAGUUUUAUCUCAUUUUGAUAAAAGAGCUCAAAGUAGUAUUGCUGGAACAGAAAAAUGCUGUGACAAUUGCAAAAGAAGAAUAGAGAAUCAGAAAAAAAGUGGUGGAACUGUUUGUUAUGACAUUACAGAGGGCUGUGAGGAAAAAAAUUUUGGGGAUGAAGCAAAACAAAUGUUCGAGGCAAUCAAAAUUACUGGGGAGAGAUUUGGACUUGGAAUGCCAACUUCAUUUUUGUCUGGAUCAAAAAGCAAGAAAAUGUUCGAUAGGUUUUUGCGACAUGCUCAAUUUGGAAUGGGUUCUAAUCAUACACAGAAAUGGUGGAAAGCAUUGGGGAAGGCUUUAUUAAAUGCUGGGUAUUUGAAAGAAAAACAAAUGAAGAAGGGAUCUUUUGGUUCACUCGUUGAAAUCAGUUUAAAGGGAUCUCAAUGGAUUAAGAAAAGAACUUUCUCACCGGAUUUAAAAUUAAUGUUGGCACCCACUGUUGAUUUGAUGGAAAAACAACCAAGAACAUCACAUGCUACUCCUGUUACUAAUCAACAAGUUGAUCAAUCUGCUGAGAUUUUACCUUCAACACCAUACACAGAAAUUACGAGAGAACAACUGGACAAACUUACUCUAGGUCCCUAUAUCACGGAUGACAGUGUGAAAAAAAUAACAUCAACUCAGAACAAAAAGACUGGAGAGAAUGAUGAACAUAGUGGACCAUUAUAUAGUUUGUUACUUUCGUUGAGAAAUAAUAUUGCACAUGAUAUGGACAUUCCACCUCAUCUUGUAGCCAACAACAAAGAUCUUCUUGAACUUGCAAAAGUACGACCAAAAGAUAAAGAUAUGUUGUUAUUAGUUGAUGGAAUGUCUGUAGUUAAAGUUAAAAGAUUGGGAGAGCAAGUUGUAGCAGUUAUUCAAUCAUUUUGUGAAGAACAUCAAGCUUCAUUUAAUAAUUUUCCUGAAGAAGACAGCGAUCUGGCUUCAUCACAAAUAUCUAUUGAUAAAAGAGUCAAGAAUGAAACAGGAGUUCCCACAAAAUCAAUGUCUGAUACUGUCAAAAUCACUUAUAAUUUGUUUCAUGACAGAGGAAUGGCAUUGGAGGAAAUAUCUAAAGAGAGGGGAUUGCAACUAUCAACGUUAGGAAGUCAUCUUGCUGAAGCUUUACAUGCUGGUCACCCCGUUAAUUUUCAACGUCUUGGAAUCAGUAAAGAACUGAUAAAUAAUGUUGAAGAAGGAAUACGAAAACCACCACUCAAUUCUGAUAUUAGUCGAGUCUAUCCAAUCAAGGAUCAAGUCACAAUGCCAAUUGAAUGGAUGCAAAUUAAAAUAGUUCGAGCAUUUUUGAUGAUCAAGUAUGGAAUGACAUCUUAUGGAAUAUCAGGAAGCAUUUCAAAGAAUAAUUCUUCUAAAGGACCUUCACAAACUAUCGCUAAUCUGAAGCAAUUUCAAGCAACAAAAGGAGGCAGACCACACACACAACUGACUUUGAAAGCAGACAGUGGAGGGUCAAAGCUCGGUUUAAUAUCAUUAUCAGGGGGCGAAGAAUUAGCCAGAAGAAAGGCUGUAACAACAUCAAGACAUUUUUUGACUCCUAAUUUAACUAAUCCUUCACCUUCAUCUCCUGGUGGAUUUGCUGACUACGACGACGAUGAUAAAUCAACUUCAUAUUCUAAGAAGGGAUCAACAAAAAGAAAAGUUCCAUCCUGGGGUCGAGGACGAGGCUCAAAAUUCAACUUUAAACGAAGAAAAACAAAUAAAAUGUUCUGAUAAAAGCACGAAAUUGUAUAUUGCUCAACUUGUGGAUGCAAAUGAUCAAUGAGGAUGUGAAGUAGUUCGCAAAAUUUCAUUUAUGUGUUUUUGAGUGAGGGAGUGGUUGGGGCUGUAGAGUCUGGGUAAAUAUAACUCAUACCCCGAGUUCUUUUAAAAAUCAACUCCCAACUCUGGGUUGACAAAAACUUUCUUCCUACUUUGCAGAAUAUCGAAUUUGCAUUUGGGCACCUACCCUCAUUAAAUCAUCAAUACCACGCCAAGCACCUACUGGUGGGGCUGCAUUUUUUUCUAAAUAUAAAAAAGAAACUCGUUAUCUUUUUUUUUUUUUGAAUUCUUUGAAAUAUACCUCUCACUACCUUCAUAUUUUGUUAGAUUCUCCCUAUAUUUUGGUUCUUCAACAAUCUGCAAAUAACUUUUUAUAUAAAUUUAUUUUCAGUUUUGAAAGUAAAUUGAAGUGUGGUAUUUUCUUUCUCCUGGGAAGUGCAUGUAAUACUAUGUUAGGCAGUACAGAUAUUGUAGUUGUUUUGUUUGUGUAGGGUACAAUCGAGUGGAAUAGGAUAGAGUAAAAAUGCCCAAAGUGGGAGUUGGCGGACUUUUCUCAUACCUCACAUUGGGAAUCACCUCUGACUUCAGAUCACUGCAGUUUUAACUCGUUAGUACUUGAAAAAUCCAUUCAGUAAAUAUUUUUAAUGGCUGUUGAAUUAUGCAAGAUAUGGG